AUGGGGCGAACCUCUAAAUUCACAUUCCCCGUCCCCGGGAGGAAACAGAAACCGCCGUUUGGCCCGAUUGUGUCGGGGCCCAUGUCGAAAGCGCAAAAGAUUCUGGGAACCGCCGAGAUCAAUAUCGACGCUCCGCGACAAUGGGAUUCCGCCUCCAACUCCGGCAUCAGCGUAUGCGUAUCUGAAAGCACGGCGACUUAUAACCCGAGCGAAAGAAGCCGAGGAGUGAUGCGCCAUGAAGAGGAGGGCAGUUACGCAGGGAAUAAUCGCAGUAGGAACAACAACACGAACGCGCAAUGGGAACAGGAGUCCGAGAUCGUGCCGGCUUUCUUGACGAACCGAUUCGCACAGCUGAACACCGAAGGCAGCCAGCGAGAGUUUACGACUGAAACAUCAAGCCUCGCCCGACGUGGUUCAAACUCGACCAUCACUUCGUGGUACGACAAGACGAAGAUGCCGCUUUCGAUAUCGCAGCAGACAUCCUCCUCCGCCAUGGCAAAGGGCCUGCCGCAGAAGGCCAACGCAGUCCUCGAUAUUGAAGGCCAAUCAUCGACCAAUGUGCCAGCACCGUUGAACCUGAAAGCCAAGAAGAGGCCGAGUCGACUAGAUCUUGGGCCAUUGUUGUCUCGGGCUAAGCACAAUAGCUUCAAGGGCAAAUCCGACCCUCAGCGAACGAGCUCCGUACAUGGACACGAAUACACCAACCGAUCGCCCUCGCUCGCCUCGGUCACCUCACCCAAGAGCACACCACCGCCGAUCCAGCAAAGAAUCGAGAGGAAAUUAACGAGGAAGAGCACGUACGACAGCCUGAACUCGACCGGAAGCCGGCCGAGAACAGGUUCCAGCAGCCGCAGAGGCGCCAACGACAUCAGCACAUUGCCCAACCUAUAUGAGCAUUACGAGCAAAUGUCCUUUGACUCAGUCCUGGGACAUGAUGGUCCUUUGGCUGCUGCAUCUACUCACUCUCUGAAUAGUGUCGCUCACACACCACUUAGAUCGCCGUCUACCACAGACCACCAAAGGAGGAACUUCUCGAGGCCUCCUCUGAGACAAGAUGGGACGACGUCAACAUACCAACCUCAAUUCGGACCGUUACCAGAGUCUACUGCCGCAUCACCUGGCCACCAACAGACGCUGCCCGAUCGCGAUUGCGCAUCAAGCGUUUCAAGUCGCUACACCAAGACGUCAAAAGCCUCCAAACGAACAAGUCAGAGUCUGAACGGUUCUGAUCUGAUGGAGAAGAGUGUUUUGUCGCUGUCCUCAGACUCGGAAGAUGAUUUCUUCCCCGACUCCGUCUCGAAGUUCACCGGGGGCUCUCGCAGCAGUGAUGCGGGAAGUUUGGCUCCUUCAUCGCUAAGAUCGACACACUCUCGAGAUGCCCCGUCAUUGGGACAAGGCUCAAGGAAGUCUGUCAAACACGCCAGCUUUGCCCCGACCAAUACAUAUCUCACCAUCCCUAGCAAAUCGCCGCCCAGCAAACCACCUAGCGUCAACGCGCGCAUGAGUUCGUUACCUUCAACUACAUAUCGGCCCCCGCCGGCUGCGUCAAACCGGUCAUCACAAUAUUCGACCAUGUCGACAUCAACCACUGACUCGCUCAAUAACUCUCUGAACAACUCUUUGAACAGCUCUCUGAAUAACCGACAAAGUCGCGCGAGUUACGGUGUUCAGGAGGCGCGCGUAAUUGCGGUGCUUCCUCCACAAGAAUCACACACCAUCCCGGAUCGUAUGAUGAGCAACCCACCCCAGCGCAUGCUGUCCACAAAGUCUUCCUCUGUCCAUUCGGUCGACCAGCCAACGCCGCCCAUGAGCCCGACAUCAGUAGAGUCCUUUAUGAGUUCCGGCGGUGGCGCCGCCGCGGACGCCAACAACACUGCAGACUCUCGCUUCAUGGCCGUAACCCGACAGGAAGAGAUGCUGCUCGCGGCUCUCCGGAUGAAGCGCGCUCGCAUGCGCGAAUCGAUCCUGGCCGAAUACGAAGACGAGUCGAGAAGUUCUUCCUCCUUCCAUCAGCGCAACUCGUCGCAGGGCACCAUCACCGAGAUGGACUGGCCCGAACCCCCGCAGACCCUGCGUCAUCAGACAUCAGCAACCUCGAACAGCACCAUCAAGGCCGGAUCGCGCGCCUCUGACAGUCGUCCGGCAUCUUUAGUCAGAGGCCGGAGCCAUCAACGCAGCAACUCCCGCCACCUUGACUUUCCCGCGCCCUCGUCGCAGCCGGUAUCCGGCGCAUCCUCGAGGACGGGCAGCAUGCGCAAGAUGAGACCGGUCCAAGAGAUGACACAGUCGAGCGAGUCGCCCAAGCAGGAGCGGAUUCUGCUGUAUUUGGACAGGCCGGUGGGCAACGUCAACUCAAUGGACUUUGCGGAGCCAAGCCCGGAUCUGAGCGACUUCAUGGACUUUGACAAUGUCAGCGAGGAAGACGAGGAGUUCACGAGCGGCAUGUCCAUGUUCCGGAACAGGGACCACCACCGCUUCACCAUGGGCGCCGUGGGCAACAAGAGCCGGGGACGGAUGCUCAUGACGGGCGAGAGGGUCCGCCACGAGUCUUCGCCGCUAAGACCGAGGGGCGACGACGACGACGAUUUCGGAAGCCGGAGCGCGAGCACGAAGAGGGCGCCGGCUACCGAGAUUGUCGAGAGCGACAGCGACGUCGAGCCGAUGUUUGGGAUCCCGAGGCCAGAUUCGCCCGUGUCGCCUGAGGGGACCCUGGGCCUUCCUCACCAAGGGCUGUCAACGAAGAAAGCUGUUCGGCUCAGCGCGGUCGGCAACGCGGGGGUUGAAGCCGGCUGGUGGGGUGACGACGGUUGA